AUGCAGUUGCUGAACAGCAUUGCGCUGCUGCUGCUGCUGCCAGCUGGAUAUGUAGCCGCUGCCCAACGGUUGUUUGCUUACGAGCGCGGCAAGUGCGAAAUUGCAAUGGCCGAUGUCGUGGAGGGCUUAGUUAGUACGAGCUUGAAACGUUUGACACGUCCGUCAAGGCGCGUUAGCCAGGCCAGCUUGUUACAGUACGAUCUCUAUACGCCGCGCAAUCGACAAGAGCGUCAACUGCUCUAUCCGGGGAAUGUGCAGUUGCUAAGGAAAUCUAACUUCAAUGGCAAAUGGCCAGUCAGAUUCAUCAUUCACGGCUGGACGGGCAAGAGCACCACCUGCUACAAUGCAGCCGUUAAGGAUGCGUAUUUGUCGCGUGGCGACUUUAAUGUCAUCGUUAUGGACUGGAGCCGACAGGCUAUGGAUAUCAGCUACUCUCGUGUGUCCAAGCAAUUCCGUUCAAUUGCUGCCAGUGUUGCGAAAUUUCUUAGCUUUCUGCACGACUAUGCGGGCGUUCCCUACGAGAACAUCUAUUUGGUGGGCCACAGUGCGGGCAGCCACAUAGCCGGCCUAACGGGCAAGCUUCUUAGCCCUGCACGCCUGGGCGCCAUCUUUGCGCUCGAUCCAGCGGGUCUCUCACAGCUCGGCAUGGGACCCACGGAGCGCCUGGCACCCACCGAUGCCAUCUAUGUGGAGGCCAUACACACAGAUUUGGAGCUGUUCGGCAAUCCUGAAGGCAAUCGACUCAGCCAGGCAGCAAUGUUCCCCAACUGGGGCCUGGGACAGCCGCACUGCCCGAACGCAACUGGCACUGAACUUGACAUCAGCUGCGACCACUUUGCCGCCGUCUUCUACUUUGCAGAAUCUGUGCGCCGGCCGAAGAUGUUUGGCGCAGUGCGCUGCAGCUCCCUGCAGAGCAUGCGAAAGCUCGCCUGCGGCUGCAGCAACAGCGGCAAGCACAGCAAGUUCAGUGCUGCGACAUGUCCCGCUGAUUCAUUCAUGGGUGGCGAACCGGCUCUGCCCAAAAAGGGGAUGUUUUACGUCAGCACACUGCGACAACCGCCGUAUGGCACCGCCGACGGCCUAGUUCACAUGCAACCACCUAAAAUGUCUACUAUUUUCGAAACAAGGCGAACAUUGUUUUUUAUCUAAAUGCAGGCCGAACAA